ACAUGUCUCGCAAGAUCGGGAACUUUCAUAAAGAAAGCAGAGCUAUUUUAACGCUUCCUUAGAUUUUCUAAAAGUAGUAUUUGUGUGAUCACAAUUCUUGGUUUACAAAUGGAGCCAGCAGAGGAAGAGGUUGUUGCAGCAUUGCCUGAAAAUGUGAGACCUGGUCCAAAUCUGUAUGGAUUCCCAUGGGAAAUGGUGAUAUGUUGUGCAGUGGUCGCCCUUUUAAUUGUCUUUCUACUAAUGUACAGGAGCUAUCAGUCAGUUAGAAGUAGACUUUAUGUUGGAAGAGAGAGGCAACUUGCUAGUAAAGUUGCAGAACUUGUUGAAGACAAAUGUAAAGUACUUGAAAAGCUUAGCCUCUGCAAAAAAGAGUAUGAAGAGUUAGAAAACACCUUGAAAGAUGCUGGCCUUCUAAGUGAGUCAACCAGUGCAUCAGAUUCUAAGACAGCAUGUGAACAACUGAGCAGCUCAAACUCUGUGCUCAAGAAGGAAAUAGAAUGUUUAGAAAGAGAACUGGAAGAAGAGAAGUCUAAACGAUCCCAACAAGAUGACUUGAUGACUGAAAUACAGAGAAGAAUGGAAUCUUUAGAAAGUGAAGCAACAUCUAUCUAUAAGCAAAUAGCUGAAGCUAAAACCACGUUAAAAGUAUACGAUAUCAACAGAGAGAGACUGAAGAUGUCUGUUCAGGAUGCAGUAGAGGAAAACAGCCGUCUUCAAGAAAGUGAAAAGCAGUUGUUACAAGAAGCUGAAGGAUGGGACGAACGAUUUAGUGAACUAAAUGAACAAACAAAACUGUUUGAAUCCUCUAAAGCAGAUAUGGAAGAGUCCCUUAAAAACAAAGAAAGUCAAGUCAAGUCGCUGACUGAAUGCUUGCUGAAGAUGAAAGACUGGAGCAGUGCAAUAGGAGAACAUGAUGAUACUGAAGACAACUGUUGGGAUAACGAUAUGAAGAAGGAAACAGAAAAUGGGGAACAUUUAGAUGAUCAAGACAAACGAACUGUAAGGAAGCUGAUUUAUGCUGCUAAGCUAAAUGCUAGCCUAAAAUCAUUGGAAACUGAAAGAAAUCAAAUAUACUCAAAGCUAACUGAUGAAAACAAAGCAAAGGAGGAACUUGCAGAACGCAUUGAAAAUCUACGAAGGGAACAUGUCACGUUGCAGUCUGAAAAGAGACAUUUCAAAAGUGAAGUUCAAAAGCUUCAGCAAAAACUAAAAGUCGUGACAGAGCUGUAUCAAGAAAAUGAAAUGAACCUCCACAGGAAAUUAACUGUAGAAGAAAAAGAACGCCUGCAAAAAGAAGAAAAACUUUCUAAAGUUGAUGAAAAGAUUAAUCAUGCUGCUGAAGAACUGGCAACCUACCGACAACGGGCAAAAGAUCUAGAAGAUGAGCUAGAAAGAACAGUUCGCUCUUAUCAGAAUCAGAUUAUGUCACAUGAGAAGAAAGCUCAUGACAAUUGGUGCUACUCAAAUGUAGUGGAAUUGUAUCAGAGCAGAGAAGUUCUGGAAAAUGGUUGCCAUAAUGCUGCCAUACGAUUAACAGAAGCAGAAAUUAAAUGUGAUCUUUUGGGAAAAGAUCCUUAUGCUCUUCAUGUUCCAAUUAGAGCCUUUGGCAGAGAGCAAUCCCCAUAUGGACCCUCACCAAUGGGCAGACCUUCAUCUGAAACAAGAGCUUUUCUUUCCCCCCCAACCUUAUUGGAGGGUCCUUUAAGACUUUCACCUGUGCUUCCAGGUGGAGGAGGAAGAGGAUCAAGAGGACCAGGGAAUGCUGGCAUAUAUGAUCUGGGUAAUGAAAGAGAAGAGCUGAGUUCUGACAGGUUAUCUAAUCCUCACAGACCACCUUCAGACAGUGGUUCUUUGUCUCCUCCAUGGGACAGAGAUCGCAGGAUAAUGACUCUUCCGGCAGGUCAGCCGUAUAAUGACCAAUCUCUUCCCCCUCAAAGACAAGAGAGAUUUUAUCCCAACCCUCCAAACUCUGGAAGGCUUUCAGGACCAACAGAGCUAAGAAGUUACAAUAUGCAUUCUUUUGAUAAAGCAGAUGGACACAUAUCUGAGAGUAACUCGAGAAUGGACUUGAGUGGAAAUGGAAUAAAAGAUAUUUCCAGCGAUAGUAAUAUGCCCAAUGUGGUAGACCAUCCUGUUGCUCCUGAAGGUGAAACCUUUGGUCCUGGAAUUGUGCCUCCUCACCCUUUCCCUGUACUGAGAGCUCCUCUAAUGCCAAUGGAUCCACGGGGGCCUUUCAUGAGAAGAGGCCCUCCCUUUCCACCAGUGCCUCCUAGUGGUGGGUAUGGACCUCGUGAAUAUUUCCCAAGAGAUUUUGCCAAUCUGCCACGUCCUCUACUGCCUAUGAGAAUUCCAUUUCCGUUGGGGCCUUUUCCUCAAUAUCUACCUCCAAGGGCUGGAUUUUUUCCACCUCCUCCACCACCACCACCUGAUAACAGCAAUGAACUGCCUGCUGGAUUAACACAGCCAUCGAUUGCAGCCUCUACAGAUCAUCAAGAACCUCAACAGGAAACUUGACUCUUAAGAAUAAUUCACUGUCCCUUCUCUCUUGACUGAAUUAUUUGCUGCUAAGUAACAGCUGUUACUUAAGCAACUCUGUGUUACUGCUCAAAUUGAAGCUUAAUAGAAGUAUUCUCAGGAGAGUGCUCUGUAAAUAAUGGUUGAACUGUGAAUAAAUGAUUUCCUUUGUACAGUAGCAAUUUUAAAUUAUUUUUAAUUUGUGAAUGUAGAUGUACAGAUCCGUCCUGCAUAAGAUCACCCAGCUGUUUCUGGCCAUGUCUGGUCUCAUAAGAAAUAACUGCCUAUGAAAAGGAGACUUAAAAGAAAAGGCAAAUGUGAAAAAAAUUAAAAGAUUUAAUAGUAAAUUGUGUGUUGGCUGCUUAACA